CCCUUAGCAGGACCCCAACCCUCCCCUCUGCACCACGGCGGCCGGGGGGGACCCCCAACCCUUCCCUUUGCCCAUGGGGAUCGGCGAGACCCCAACCCUUCCCCAUCACCACCAGGAGCCAGGGGGCCCCGCCCCUCCCUGGCAUCACAGGGUGCAGCUGCUCGGGUCCGAGCCGUCCCCUCCCCCGCAGCCGGCCUGCAGCGCCGAUGCCCGGGAUAGGGGCGGUGGGAGCGCGGUGCAGGCACCGGCCGAGGAGGAGCCCCAGGAAGGGCCCCGAGGCCGAGCCGGGCCAGGCCGGGGCCGCCAUGGACGCAGCGAUCUGGAUCUAUCAGUUCCGGCUGAUCGUGCUGGGCGACUCCACCGUGGGCAAGUCCUGCCUCCUGCACCGCUUCACCGAGGGCCGCUUCCCGGGGCCGCUGCACUGCGACCCCACCGUGGGGGUGGACUUCUUCUCCCGCCUGGUGGAGAUCGAGCCCGGCAAGCGGGUCAAGCUGCAGCUGUGGGACACGGCGGGGCAGGAGCGGUUCAGAUCAAUAACACGAUCUUAUUACCGCAAUUCUGUUGGUGGCUUACUGGUGUUUGACAUCACAAACCGGCGAUCUUUUGAGCAUGUGAAAGACUGGCUAGAAGAAGCUAAAAUGCAUGUACAGCCAUUUCAGAUUGUGUUUCUGUUAGUUGGACAUAAAUGUGAUUUAGUGUCACAGCGUCAGGUUACAAGAGAAGAAGCUGAAAAACUGUCAUCUGCCUGUGGUAUGAAAUACAUAGAAACCUCAGCAAAAGAUGCCACAAAUGUUGAAGAAUCCUUUACAAUUCUGACCCGAGACAUAUAUGAACUUGUAAAGAAAGGAGAAAUUUCUAUACAGGAUGGAUGGGAAGGUGUUAAGAGUGGCUUUGUUCCAAAUGUUGUCCAUUCAUCAGAGGAAGCUGUAAAGCCUAGAAGACGAUGCAUCUGCUAAACUCAUAGCAUGCCAAAGAGCAUAUCAGGUGUUCAGAGAAUGAUACCAACAUAAAUAACAUCACUUUGAAGACAUAAUAGAUCAUGAUGUAGCUGAAUCACCAAAUGAUAAUUCAUUUUUGUAUCAUUUUGUCUCACUCACAACUUCAUAAAAUUUAAAGUGCUUUUUCCCCACAAUACAAUAACUUUGAGCAGUCUUCAAGAAAAUAAAUUAGAUAUUGCUUAAGGAAAAAUAUGUGCUAAGUAGCAAGAUGUUGAGAAAAUGCAAUAAUCAUCAUGGUAGCAUCCUUUAUGGGCUUUGUAUUUUGAACAGAGUUUAAAAUCAGGCUCUUGUGUAUAGGCUAAGUGUUGAUAAGCUCAUUGCUUCAGUUCAUCCUGCCUCCAUUUGGGAUAAAAAUAUUAUAACCUGUACUUUUUUUAUUGUGAUUUUUCAUUCACUAAGAUGGAUUUGCUAAAAGACAGUUAAGAUUUAGAGCACUGUAGAAUUUAAUAAUAUAAAUCACUUCGAAGAAAGCAAACUGAAACAUUGCUCCAUCAGUGAACACUUUUGUUAUGACUGUGAAUACAAGCCUUACUAAGGAACAAGAAUGUAUUUGAGAAGACUAAUAUAUUUAUAUACUAAAACAGGGAACAGAAGAAAUGCAGUUUAGUGUGAAAUAUUUUCCGAAUCACCAGUGUAACUAGAUGUAAUGAAACAAAUGGUACAGCCAUUAUUCUAGAUGCACAGAAAAUAGAUUUUCCAACUACUAGCAGCUAUAUACCAAGAAGGUAAUUUAAAAUUUGUGAAGUGUAAAAUUUUUGUUCAAAAGAGGAGUUGCUUUAGGCAAGUAUGAUUAUCAUACAUUUUAAGGAAUCAGUUUAUACUUCUGAACUAUAAUAAUUAAUUCAUUCACGAAAAUAUUUAUCACAGUUGAUAACCUAAUAUUCAUUGGGCCAGAUCCUCAGCUGGGAUCACUGGCGUAAAGUUACACCAAUUACACAAGCUGAAGAUCUUGCCCACCAGCUUUAGAGAAUAAUUUUGAUUCUGACUAGGAGUAAAAUUCAAGAAAAUAUUUAGGGCUGUGUCCUAAGGGGACUCCUGCCCUGAAUAUGGAGAAAAUAGGGAUUGGUUUAUUCUCAGCCACUCUUUGUCUAACUGUGGUCCACAGAAUGAAAGGUUCUGAGAAUCUAGCAGUUGGGAAUUGGCAUGUUGGGAGGGGAGGGAGUCCAUAAAAGGAUUUCACUCUUAGGAGGUAGGCACAGAAUGAAAAAAGGUGGAGGAUCCCUGCUCUAAGAAAACAAAGAACACUGAAUCCUAAACUAAGAAAUUUGACCCAGCAGGCCUGCUGCAUUUUAUCUGACCUUGGGCUCACCUUCCUAACUACCUAUGGGCAUAACACAUACUUGCUUUGUGCAAAAUAUUCCCCUAUGUGUCACUUUUAUGCCAAGGAACCCAAUGUCACUUGUAUCUUGGCAGCAAAACAGAUGGAUGGCUCACAGCUGAUGAGCGCUCACCUCUGAAUCAAUUGCACUAAAAAUCCCUUGACUUCAAAUGGCAUUGAACUGAACUCUUCAAGGGCCUGAUUCUCAUUUAUAUUAAGGCCCCUUUAUGCUGGCAGAGUGAGACAAAGGGGCCUUAGUAUAAAUGGGAAUCUGGCCCUAAGACUCUAGUGCCAUACUAUAGCAGUUAACAAAAAUCUGCUGUGUGCUGUGAACCAACCUAUUCCUGUGUGUGACAUGCUGCUAGAGGCAAGGGGCCUGAUUCUCCACUGACUUUCACCUUUUAGAACUUGUCUAUACAAAUACUUAGUUUACAGCUAGCUGGGGUGAUGCAGCACAUUAAGGGUAUGUCUACACCGCAAGGAACACCCAAUGGCACCAAGUCUCAGAGCCCAGGUCAACUAACUCGGGCUCGUGGAGCUCCGGCUGCAGGGCUAAAAAUAGCAGCAUAGACAUUCAAUCUGGUGCCAUACCCCCCACUUUUUAACAUGGGUGUAGUUUUUGGGGGCAGAGUUGGCACCUGCAUGAGGCUUGCAAUUCUGGGGGGGCAAUGCCACUCCCUGCUACCCAAAAUAUGACCAUGUUAAAAUGGGGGAAUGCAUAGCCUCCUGGUUCCGACAUGGCCCUCCCACUGUUACAAAGGUUCCAGGGCCCUUGCUUAUAGGUCUCAAAAUAUUUCCUCAAAGCUUAUAAGGGAGACAGAGUGGUUUGAGCAUUGGCCUGCUAAACCGAGGGUUGUGAGUUCAAUCCUUGAGGGGGCCAUUUAGGGAUCUGGGACAAAAAAAAAUUGUUGAUUGUGCCUGCUUUAAGCAGGGGGUUGGACUAGAUGAUCUCCUGAGGUCUCUUCCAACUCUGAUAUUCUAUGAUUCUAAGACCUGAAUUCUGACUCAUUGUGUAACCAUGGGCAAGUCACUUAACCUCUGUGCCUCGGUUUCCUCAUCUCUAAAAUAGGAAUGAUAAUUCUUACUCACCUUUGCAAAGCCACUGAGAUCUAGUACAACUAUAAACUCUUGGGGGCAGGGACCCUUUUACCUGUGUGAUUGUACAGCACCUGUCACAAUGGAACCUGGAGAUUAUGGCUGCUACCACAAUGCAAAUAAUAGUUACAUGGAUGAAUAGAGAUAUAAGUGCUAAGUAUUAUUAUUUUAAGUCUACAUUUAAUUGCACGCAUCCCCAGGCCAAAAUUGUUAAUUUUGAAAAAAGAUUCCUGAAUACUCUGCAGCCAACACACUUUUCUUUCUAUGUGGAAGAUUUUUGGUGUUGGAACAGUGAGGAAAUAUGCACAGACUAAUGAAACAAUCAUCAGAAUAGAGCCUUAAUGAUCUCUAUUAGGAAUGUUGUAGUCUUCAAUUAAUUAUGGUGGGAGGAGUGGUUUAACCAGAUUUGACUGUGUGGGGAAUUGCCAGAGCCAAUGAAACCAGAAAGGAUUUGCAAUGCAUUUUAAAGUGCUGUGCACAUAUUCAUCUUAUUUGUAGCACCUAUAACUGUAGAGUAAUGUGUAAAUUCGAACAUUGCAUAUUAAAAUGAUACAGUAUCUUCUCACUACACACAUUUAAUAGAAGUCGCUGCUGUACAGCUGACUUGCUGAAAAGUAUGAACUUGCUUUUAUAUGUUUUGCAGUGCAAUAUAUAAGUAACAGCUUGAGCACGCUGUAGAUGUCUGAUUAUAUUUUAAUGCACCUUAAUUCUUUUUUCAAGAAAGUUUAAAGAUAAUCACUUGAAACUAAUAGUGGAGCUUAAUAUUGUUCUUUAUAGAUAAUUUUGCCUGCCAAAUUAAAACACAGACAUGGUCGAGGGAAAUAUAAUCCUUUACAAAUUAAAUAUUUUUUUCUGAAGUAUUUUAUGUAUGGUAAGUCCCAUUUAUGGAUAAAUAGAAUUAUAAAAACAAGUCUGUCUGCAUUUGGAUUCCAGUGUCCACUAAUGCAGUGGUUCUCAACCAGGGGUACGCAGAGGUCUUCCGGGGGUACAUCAACUCAUCUAGAUACUUGCCUAGUUUUACAACAGGCUACAUAAAAAGCACGAGCAAAUUCGGUACAAACUAACAUUUCAUACAGACAAUGACUUGUUUAUACUUCUCUGUAUACUAUACACUGAAAUGUAAGUACAAUAUUUAUAUUCCAAUCAUUUUAUUUUAUAACUAUAUGGGAACAAUUAGAAAGUAAGCAAUCAUUCAGUAAUAGUGUACUGAGACACUUUUGUAUUUUUAAGUCUGAUUUUGUAAGCAAGUAGUUUUUAAGUGAGGUGAAACUUGGAGUACACAAAACAAAUCGGACUCCUGAAAGGGGUACAGUAGUGGGAAAAGGUUGAGAGCCACUGAUCUAACAAAAUUCUGGCAUCCAAAACUUUGGUUUGUGACCCGCCACUAAAAUUUUAAAAACGUAAUUAGAGCUUUAAGAUGUUUGAAAAUUUGCUAGUGAAGAAAAAUAAUCUUGCUCUGCUCACCAAAAUGCUUUAUGCCGUAGAGUUCUUCAGAUAACUGUGGCUUACAAUGCACCGUAAGUGGCAGCAAGUAGCUUAGGAGCAGAUCAGAGAAUGAAUUGUGACUCAAAUUGUUAGUCACAGUUUCUCCCCCGCUCUCCCAUCCUCUGAGAGGGAGGGGAGUAUGUCACUUAGCCUCUUUUCCUGAUGCAGCUUGCUCCCCACUGUGCAUCCAGCCAGCCAUUCUGGCCUGCCGGUGGAGAGAACAGAGCCUGGGCUCCUCUCACUCUCCACUUCUCACCGUCCUUGCUUUCCCAAUGGAGCUGGAGCCAUGGCCUAAGCAGCCCUUAUUCAGCCAUGUAGGGAAGAAAGGGGUGGAGGGGCAGGGCUUAGUCCCCUGCGUGUAAGAGCUGUGGCAAUCUAGCCAAAAUGUUUUUAAAUAUUUUACAAAACCACAUGAGACAAUUAUUAAUAGUUAAGAUUCUCCUUGCUGGUUUUGCAGAGACAAUCUUCUAAAUAAUUUCAUGGAAUGCUAUUCCCAGAGCAAAAUAUUUGAACAUAGUAGUAUUUUCAGCAAUCCGUAAUUACCAAAAUCACCACACGUUAACACCACAGUAGUCUGACAAUAAUAAUUAUGAAUUUCAAAGGAACAUGUACUAUCCUUCAUGGAACUGAGUUUACACAUAUUCAUUUCAGAGACUGUGUACUACAAAAUAAUAAAGGUUGUAACCAAAUUAUUUGUAAAAUUAUAUAAACCACUUUACAAGAAUUAGUUGCUAUGAUUUGCACAACAAAAUAAAGAGAUUAUGAAUGUGCUAGAA